AUGGUGGUGUUGUUUUUCGGUGAUCUAGGGACCUGGGAGAGAGUGAACUCCUUGUUAGAGGAGCAGACAAUUAAAAAGUCACCGUGGCAUCGAUACCAGUUUAUCGUCUUCAUCAUGGGGCUCUUCCACCUCAAGAUGGCCUGUGCUGAUGCAAUUUGGCGAAUCUUCAUCAAUCCACCUGAUGCUCGUCAGGAUCCUAAUUCAUUGCUCAAACUGGUGGGUCAGUUGAAGCCCAAGGAAACAGGCAAGAUCACCUCUGAUCCUGGCUUUUGUCGAAUGCAUGAGGUAAUUGGACAUACCAGCAUUUGCCUCCAUCUGGAUGCAUGGCAUGUCGAGGUGAACAAACAGCUUGUGUUGUGCAGUACUUUGGAGGAAUGGGCAGAGAAUAAGCCUUCAAUGGAGGAAAUUAUGGACUUGUCUCACACUUUGGCUCGUGACUAUGUUGCCGGACUGGGGAGCGAUCAUGUGGAUCUUUCCGUUCUGCGCCAUGACAGAGCCACGCGUGAUCAACAGCGCGAGAACAUUCUACUUAUGCAUCAGUACAUGCUGCUUUAUGAGGAAUUGAUGCACGCAAUGAAUGUUGGGGACGUCGGGCACCUCGAAACCAUCUUCGCUCCAUGGAUUGCAAUCUUGAAGGCUUGCGGCAAGCAUAAGUAUGCCAGUGCUAUAACCCAAUUCUUGUUGGAUGUACACUUUGUGUACCCUGAGGGGCUGCGCUGCGUCGUCCGCUACAAUGUACUAGUUAAUCCUACAGGACAACCGGGGAAGUUUCGUGGUGUGGAUUGGGUUAUUGAGUUAAACAACCUGUUUACCAAGCAUAUCUACGGAGGGUCAGGAUCAAAUUUUACAAAGGACAAUGUCAUCAAGGAGUCCUGUUUGAUCGGGGUCUUCCAAAACUGUCACAAGAAUGUUGAAGAGAACUUUCAGAUACCUGGUCUGACGACGUGCAAGGGCCACAAAGAUAUGAAACGGACAUUCAAUAAACUCCUCAAAUAUACGUUGGAUAGCGAACCAAACGUGUCCAAGGCUGGUCGACAGGCGCGUUACUACAUCCUGGACAUGAUAGAAAAAGGGCUUGGCCUGAUAGAAGAAAAUGAAUAUAAGGUGGGAUCAGAUUCAUAUCGAGAAACUCCAGGUGGACAAGAGCGAGAGAAUGAGGAUAGGGAACAUGAGAUGGUUGACAUUGAGAUGGACGAAGAAGAUUUGAGGGUGGAGCUUCAAGAUCAUGGAAUGUUUUCGGAUGAUGGCCUGUAA